UAGCUCUCGUUCAGCCUCGCUGAAGUCGACAACCUGGAUCAGCGAAUGUCAGAAUGAACACUAUGUACCAGUAACUGGAGCCUUACAUUGCCAAACAAUUCAUCAUCGACUUCACGCCCGUGCUUCUCGCAUUCAUCUGCCAUGGAGUUGAAAAGGACAAGAAAAUGUAAUCGGUAGUGCUCGACUGAACCUCCAUUUGCAUAGGAAUUUGUUACAGUGCCGCGCCGCAUAUGCCUCGUCAGUGCCGCGUCGCAUAUGCCUCGUCAGUGCCGCGUCACAGGCGCGUCACGACCGCGGUAGGGCCACGUCAAUUUCACCUGGCCCGUCCGACUUAGGUUAGGUUUGAAUCUCCGGUUAGGACCUAAUGGCCCACACCUAUAAUUCAACUUCCUACUCGCGGGCUCGCAUACACGUCGAUCGUCCACUGUCCCCAACUUGAAGCACUGGAGUCUGACAGUUGUACUACUGUCUUCAUAAGUUUCAGAUGACCUCUGAGGGCGCUCAUACAUUUACAAAGUACGGCUGGCUCGUAUGUCUAUGGGUCCUCACUGUUUCGUUCCAGUAUGGUUAUCACACGUCCGCUCUGAAUCAGCUACAAGCUGUCCUGACGUGCAAAAUCGCUGAUUCAACUGCCCCAAUGUACUAUGGUCUACCCACGUGUAUCCCCAUGUCCGAUGCAACAUUCUCUGUAGUGACGUCCAUGUAUACCAUGGGAGGCUUCUUUGGCAGUUUGAGCGCUAACAUUGUUAUGGACCGUUAUGGGCGGAAAGGUGCUUCUCGUCUCAGCGCUGUGCUCACAGCUGUUGGUUCAGCCGUAUUUGGACUGUCCUCUUCCGUAGGUCCACUGAUUCUUGGCAGAUUUCUUGUUGGUCUCGCAGCUGGCUUAGGCAUUUGUCUUUGUCCUAUAUACCUGUCUGAGAUAGCACCAGUCAAAAUCAAGGGAAACUUGGGCGUUCUAACACCGUUGGCUCUAGUUAUCGGUAUAAUGGUCACCCAAGGAAUGGGCUUCGGUCUUGCAACUCCCCGACAAUGGCGUUUUGUACUGCUCAUCUCAUCGGGGAUAUCCAUUUUCCAGUAUUUCAGCAGCCCGUUUGUCGUAGAGUCUCCUUCGUAUCUCAACCGGAAGGGACUGGUAGAUCAAGAGAAGUUAGCGAUUCACAGAUUGUGGGGCGAAAUUCAUGAUGUUUCGCGUACAGACCCUGAAGAACAAGACAGCGAGGAACCUCUGUUACCAGACAGUGAUAGCGCCACAGAACGCCUCUCAGCUGUCCACCAGCCUGCAAUGACUAUUCCUCAAUUGUUUGCCUCUACUGAACUUCGCCGGCCUCUAUUGACAAUUAUCGCCGCCAUGACAUCCCAACAAAUAUCAGGAAUUAACGCAGUUUUGUACUACAGUAACGAUAUACUCUCUAAAUCCCUUCCCGAACUAGCAUCAUAUGUUUCGCUGGCAAUCACGAUUGUCAACUUUUUCAUGACUUUUCCGCCGAUCUUCCUUAUUGAGCGAGUGGGCAGGAAACAACUAAUCCAAUUAUCAGUCGCUGCCGCUCUUCUGUCUCAUCUAGCUGUUGGCUAUGGGCUGAAUAGCGGCCUCGUGACUUUGUCCAGUAUCGCAAUCACCACUUUUGUCAUGUCGUUUGCCUUCGGAUUAGGCCCUAUUCCGUUUGUCAUCAUCCCCGAGGUGGCACCACCCCAUGCUGUGUCCGCCAUUUCAUCAGUGGGUCUGUCGCUGAACUGGUCCAGCAAUUUUGUCAUUGGUCUGAUCUUUCUUCCGCUGCGCAAUUUUCUUGCAAAUGGCGAUCCCAUGAAGGAAGGAAGAAUAUUUUAUGUCUUUGCAGUGGCGCUACUCUGCUCGACACUUUGGUUUUUGAAAUUAUACAGGGGUUAAGGGGCUACAGCAUACUGCCCGGCUCGUAUGUCGCGUACAUCCAUGGCAAUAACUCACUAUUCAUUGCCUCAUAUGACGUUGGUGUGCACAGACAUUCAUAUCGUGUAAAUACCGUCGCACAGUUUACAAUGGUGUCGUGCUGUUGCGUCCUGGUGGACCUUGCAUGUCUAUUUGUCUGAUGUUCUAAGAAUGCAAG